AUGACAGCAAUACGCCUUCUACUUGCCUUUUACUCGAUGGUGGCGUCUGUCGCCGCCUGUCCUUUGUCUCUAUUUUCAACGACGCCGUCCUAUCCCAUUUCGAGACCACACAACCGUCCCUUGCAGCUGACUGGCCCGCACCGCUGUGUCGACAAUGUCUGUGUGUACGCCGAUCCGCUGUACGGCGGCGGCAGCGGCAUCGCCGUUGUCACGACGGCCGAGAAUGCGGCGCUGCUCGAAGGGCUUCCUCAUCAUCGUGGCGCCGCUGCCACGACGCACGUCACCGAUCCGCCUCCGUUUUACGAGGCCUACGUGGCCGGCAAGGGUCUGGGCCUCGUGGCCAACAGCACCAUCCGCCGGGGUGACCAGGUGAUGCUGCACGGUCCGACGCUCUUGGUCCACUGGGAGACGCAUGCCAAAGCGGCGGGUGCGCAGCUGGACGGCUUGUACGAGGCCGCCACGCAGAGGCUGCCGGCGGCCGCCCGGCGGCGGUUCCAGCGGCAGAUGCACAUGGGCGGCAGCGGCGUGUACGCCAACAUCGAGACCAACUGUUUCCGGCUGUUUCUGGACGGCGGGCGCGACGAGGCGACGGGGCACUUGGGGUGUUUUCCGGCGGCGGCCCGCCUCAACCACGACUGCCGGCCAAAGUACGUCCCCCAUCUGCACCAUCUGCACCAUCUGCACCUUCACUGUGCUGUCCACACAUCAACUCUGUUUGUGACGACUAACUGCCGCAGCCUCCACUACCACGUCCACGGCAUCACGCAGACCGUCGUGGCCGUCCGCGACAUUGAGCCCGGCGACGAGUUGACGGUGAGCUACGUCGACGUGCUGCUGUCCCGCGCCGAGCGGCAGGCGCGGCUGCGCGACUGGGGGUUCGCGUGCGCGUGCGCGCUGUGCCGCAACGACACGGCGGCCGCCGAGCGCGACACGCAGACACAGGAGAUCCUGGCGCUCCGGGCGCGGCUCGACCGCGGGGACCCGUCGACGACGGCCAACAGCGGCAUCGAGCUGGCCAUCCUGUACGAGGACGCACGGCUCGACACGCUGGUGGGCCAGCAGGCCUACACGCGCGCGGCGCUCAACUGCGCGCUCUUUGCCGAGGAGGCGUGCGCCGUGGCGUUUGCGCACAAGGCGAUGGAGGCGCUGGUGGUGGAGGCCGGCGAGCAGGCCGGGGACCUGGCGUCGAUGUGGCGGCUGGCGACGAGUCCGCAGACGCACUGGGCCUGGGGGUUGAGAGCGCGCGCGUAG